AUGGACCAAUAUUUCCGGAGACUCCAGCGAAUCCAAACUCGAGCGGCUGCAGCUGCGACUUCCGGAAUUGGUUUAACUGUGGACCGUGGCCACCUAAAAUCAGACGGCUUUCAAGAAUCCUGCAGGUCCAGGCCGCCGGAGGCCUUGAUUUUGCCAGCCCGCAUCCGUUUCAUGUUAGAAGAUAUUUUGGAUCUUCGAAAAAACGGUUGGAUUCCACGCCGUGCUGGUCAGCGGAACGAAACAACUAAACCGCGCUAUCUAAGCGAUAUUCGAAUGGAAGUGUUUAAGCAGACUGGUGAAAGCACUCGUCCUCUGGGAUGCAACGGAUCCGUACGCCACCGGCCGUGUCCCAAGGGAAUGUCUUAAGCAGAAAACCGUGGGUUUGCCUCGAAUGCGCUGGCAAACGUCUCCCAUGCUAAGUGACAUGUCCUUAGAACGUGGAGGUUCCUAUGUUGGUUGCAUUGUUGUUCACCAAAUACAAUCAUAGCUCGUGUGA